AGCUAUAUCUAUAUCUACAUCGAUAGAUAGAUAGAUAGAUAGAUAGAUAGAUAGAUAGAUAGAUAGGAGUUUUUGGGGGGCUGAUCUCUGCAAGAUCUGUCGACGUGGUGGGGGGAAGAUUUAAUCUGGAGGGAUCUCUAAAAUCUAGCAAGGGGGAGUUUUAAUCUGGAGACAUCUCUAAAAUCUAGCGGGGGUGGGGUGGGGGGGCUGGGAAUCAUUAGAAAUAAAUCAGUGGGGGUUUAUUCUUUUAUGUCUCCUUCCUCAUUCCUGUCUCCUUUUUUUUGGAGCGGGGUGGCAAGGGUUUCCGGCUGCUUCCCCAUCCUGACCCCGUUGCUCCCAGUCCGGAGGCUCACAAACAACAACACACGCACACACACGCACACACACACAAAUUGGAUACAUUUUGAAAAAGCUUUUGGUUCCUUAUCCGGGGACUAACCUGGCGGGUGUGAUUGGCCCAGGCGGUCACAUGGUAAAACUAACUUUACGGGGUCGCCAGCUAGUAGGAGGGCUUUAUGGAGCAGAAAAACGACAAAGCGAGAAAAAUUAUUUUCCACUCCAGAAAUUAAUGAUCAUGAGCUCCUAUUUGAUGGACUCUAACUACAUCGAUCCGAAAUUUCCUCCAUGCGAGGAAUAUUCGCAAAAUAAUUACAUCCCAGACCACAGUCCGGAAUAUUACAACCGGACCAGGGAGUCCAGCUUCCAGCAUCACCAUCAAGACUUGUACCCACCAGCACGACCCAGCUACCCCGAGCGCCAGUACAGUUGUGCCAGUAUCCAAGCUCCGGGCAAUCCUGCUGCUCACCAAAGGGGACAUGGGCCAACUCCAGGAGGCCAUCACCUCUCAGAGAAACCGCAGCAGCUCUGUGAGCAGGCUGCUCUUUCCACCUCCUCCACCUCUCCUUCCCCAGCCCCACCAUCCUGCAACCAGGUAAACCCCGAGCAUCCUAGCAGCACAGCUUCUAAGCAGCCCAUAGUCUAUCCAUGGAUGAAAAAAAUCCACGUCAGUUCUGUGAAUCCCAAUUACAAUGGAGGCGAGCCCAAGCGCUCCAGGACUGCGUAUACAAGGCAGCAGGUCUUGGAAUUGGAAAAGGAGUUUCACUAUAACAGGUACCUGACCAGGCGAAGGCGCAUCGAGAUCGCCCACUCUUUGUGUCUCUCGGAAAGGCAGAUCAAAAUCUGGUUUCAGAACAGGCGGAUGAAAUGGAAAAAGGACCAUCGGCUGCCCAAUACCAAAGUCCGCUCCUCCGCGCCAGCGAACCCGGCUCCCAGCACCAUCGCGGCUGCUAGCACGGCUCCCAGUGAGGACCUCUCCCCCCCCGCAGCCCCGGAGCAGCGAGCAGACGAUAUCACAAGGUUAUAAACCAACCUCACACCCCCCCCUCCAGACUGACUCUUGAUUAUUUAUAGAAUCUAAUAUAUAUACAUAUAUAUAUAUAUUUUGGUUCUCUUC